AUGCAGCAGGGACAGCAGAUUCCGUUUCUGCCACCCUCUUCGGCAACCGGCGCGUACGGCUACCUCACGGCCUCAAAGGACAAUCGUCAGCCAUUAUGCGGCAAUAGUGAAGGCUGGGGCCCAAUCAGCCCAAUUCGCUAUGACUUCACGCCUUGCUUUCUGGAUGUCUGGAUCGCAACGGUCUCGGCUUUUGGAAUUGUUGGAGGUGCCGGCGCGUUGUGGUAUCUGUACAGGAAGUGCUCGCCGCAGCCGGUGAAGCGCAACUGGCACUUCUACGCGAAAUUGGUUACCCUUGGAGCACUCAUCGCCACGACCGCAGUACAGGCCGCGCUACAAAUCGAGUACUACAAAGAUGUUUGGGCUGGCGACUUCCGCUUCUGGACUACGAUACUUACGCUCGUCUCCCUCGGAUUCAUCUUCUUCAUCCAAUACGUUGAACAUUGGAGGUCGCGCAAUGCCAACGGUGUAGUGCUCUUCUACUGGCUCUUCCUCCUCAUCGCAUACGCUGUCAAGCUCCGUUCGCUCAUUGCCCAGAACAUUCAUCGGGAGCAUGUUGCGUACUUCUCCGUCUUUUGCGUCAGUGUUGGACUGGCUAUAUUGGAGUUUGCCCUGGAGUGGCUGAUACAGAAGCGCUUGAGCGACUAUGACGCGCUAGGGGACGAGGACGAAUGUGCGUAUGAGUACGCUGACGUCUUUUCCGUCUUGACCUUUGGUUGGAUGACACCAAUGAUGAAGCGCGGCUACAAGACGUUUCUCACCCAGGAUGACCUCUGGAACCUCCGCACACGAGACACCACAAGGCACACCUCCCAGAGAUUCGAGGAUGCAUGGGCAUACGAGAUGGAAAAGAAGAACCCUUCUUUGUGGUUGGCCAUGUUCCGAUCUUUUGGAGGGCCAUACUUCAGAGGUGCUGCUAUCAAAACCGUCAGCGACGUACUGAAUUUCGCACAGCCGCAGCUGUUGAGGCUCCUGAUCAGCUUUGUUGCCUCGUAUCAGACAGAUAAGCCUCAGCCUGUGGUCCGAGGUGCAGCGAUUGCACUCGGCAUGUUUUUCGUCUCUAUCUCACAGACUGCUUGUCUACACCAAUACUUCCAGCGGUCUUUCGAGACUGGCAUGCGUAUCAAAUCGUCCUUAACUGCCGCCAUCUACUCCAAGUCAACUCGCUUGUCGAAUGAGGGCCGGGCUUCGAAGUCAACAGGUGACAUUGUCAACUACAUGGCUGUCGACACGCAGCGGCUACAAGACCUUGCCCAGUAUGGCCAACAAUUGUGGUCUGCUCCUUUCCAGAUUGUUCUUUGCAUGUUGUCGCUGUACCAGCUACUUGGCUACAGUUGCUUUGCAGGUGUAGCGGCCAUGUUUGUCAUGAUUCCUGUCAACGGUGUUAUUGCGCGAUGGAUGAAGACUCUGCAGAAAGAGCAGAUGAAGAACAAAGACUCGCGUACAAAGCUCAUCUCUGAGAUCCUCAACAAUAUGAAGUCUAUCAAGCUUUAUGCCUGGACGACGGCUUUCGCAAGCCGCCUGAACCAUAUCCGUAACGACCAGGAACUCAAGACACUCCGCAAAAUUGGUGCUACCCAGGCAAUCUCCACCUUCACUUGGUCGACGACGCCGUUCCUUGUGUCAUGCUCCACCUUUGGCGUCUUUGUUCUAACGCAGCACCGUGCGUUGACAACCGACAUCGUUUUUCCGGCGCUCACCUUGUUCAAUCUGCUCACCUUCCCUCUCGCUAUCCUUCCCAUGGUCAUUACCGCGAUCGUCGAGGCUAGUGUUGCGGUCGGUCGUAUUACGGGUUAUCUCACCGCCGAUGAGCUCCAAGAAAAUGCCGUGAUAUGCGAAGAGGCUGUUCAAGAGACUGGAGAGGAAUCGGUCCGAAUCCGCGAUGCCAGCUUCACGUGGGACAAGGCCAGCGAACGUCCGACGCUAGAAAACAUUAACUUCUCCGCGCACAAAGGAGAAUUGGCAUGCAUCGUUGGUCGUGUAGGCUCUGGAAAGUCUUCCCUUCUACAAGCAGUCUUGGGUGAUCUUUGGAAGGUGAACGGCGAGGUUGUCCUUCGCGGGAAGACUGCCUACGUUCCUCAAUCGGCGUGGGUGAUGAAUGCUUCCGUAAGGGAGAACAUCGUCUUCGGUCACCGCUGGGAUCCACAAUUCUACAACAAGACCGUCCAGGCUUGCGCACUGCGCGAUGACUUUGCGCAAUUGCCGGAUGGUGACCAGACCGAGGUCGGCGAACGUGGUAUUUCCCUGUCAGGUGGCCAAAAAGCCCGACUCACGCUGGCUCGAGCCGUAUACGCGCGCGCUGAUGUGUAUCUACUUGAUGAUUGCUUGUCUGCCGUCGAUCAGCAUGUUGGACGGCAUCUGAUCGAUAAUGUUCUUGGCUCCAAGGGCCUCUUGGCCGGCAAGACCCGCAUUUUGGCUACCAACUCUAUACCCGUUUUGAUGGAGGCAGACAUGAUCUUACUUCUUCGCGAAAACAAGAUCCUUGAAAGGGGCAACUAUGAUCAGCUCAUGGCAAUGAAGGGUGAGAUUGCCCAACUAAUCAAGACGUCACAGAAUGAGGAUCAGAGCGAAGGCGACAGCAACCGUGCUACCGAGAGUAUCAUAAGCGACCAGGACUCCACGGUUUACGGCGGUAGUCCUGUUGACGAUGAGGAAGACCAGGCCGAGGCCGAAGCCGCUCAGGAGAGUGCGGCUCAUCUGGCACCGCUCAAACCGGGAGGCGGUACGGCCCGUAAGCACAGCUUCAACACCCUCCGUCGGGCCAGCACUGCCAGUUUCAAGGGUCCGCGCGGAAAACUCUCGGAUGAAGAAGGGGGCGGACUGAAAAGCAAGCAAUCCAAGGAGUUUUCUGAGCAGGGCAAGGUCAAGUGGUCGGUAUAUGGCGAAUACGCAAAGACAAGCAACAUCUAUGCUGUCGUAAUCUAUCUGCUUCUGCUGAUGGGAGCUCAGACCAGCUCUAUAGGCGCAAGUGUGUGGCUUAAAAAGUGGUCAGAAGUCAAUCAGCGGUAUGGCGGCAACCCUCAGGUUGGCAAAUAUAUCGGCAUUUACUUUGCUUUCGGUGUCGGUUCUGCCGCCCUCGUCGUGGUACAAACGCUCAUCCUCUGGAUAUUCUGUUCGAUCGAACGUAAGAUCCACUAUGGCCCCUUGCAGCGAUUGAUGACUGACGUAUGCAGCCGCACUUUCAACAUGCUCUUCGUCAAUUCGGCUCGAGCUGGGUUCACCCUUGUCGUAAUUUCUGCGUCGACACCCAUCUUUAUUGCACUAAUUUUGCCGCUCGGCGCACUCUACCUUUACAUCCAGCGCUACUACCUGCGGACAUCGCGCGAGCUGAAGCGCCUCGAUAGCGUCAGCCGCAGCCCGAUUUAUGCGCACUUCCAGGAGUCACUCAGUGGUAUGAGCACGAUUCGCGCGUAUCGCCAACAGAAACGUUUUGAACUCGAAAACGAAUGGCGAGUCGACGCUAAUCUGAGAGCCUACUACCCUUCGAUCAGCGCGAAUCGCUGGCUCGCGGUUCGUUUAGAAUUCAUUGGCUCAGUCAUCAUCCUGGCUGCUGCAGGAUUCUCCAUCAUCUCCGUAGCUAGCCACAGCGGCCUGUCGGCCGGCAUGGUCGGUCUGGCCAUGUCGUAUGCGCUCCAGAUCACCCAAAGUCUCAACUGGAUUGUCCGACAGACCGUUGAAGUGGAGACCAAUAUUGUUUCCGUAGAGCGUGUUUUGGAAUAUGCGGCUCUUCCGAGUGAAGCACCUGAGAUUAUUUCCAAGAAUAGGCCACCGAUCAGUUGGCCGUCUCAAGGCGCGGUUGCGUUCAAUAACUAUAGCACUCGUUAUAGGCCGGGUCUCGACUUGGUGUUGAAGAACAUCAAUCUCGAGAUCAAGCCCAACGAAAAGAUUGGUGUUGUAGGACGCACAGGCGCAGGCAAGAGCUCCCUAACUUUAGCGCUCUUCCGCAUUAUCGAGCCUGCAGAAGGAUUUGUGAGCAUCGAUAACCUGAAUACUAGCACCAUCGGUCUGCUGGAUCUCCGCCGACGAUUAGCGAUUAUUCCGCAAGAUGCGGCACUGUUUGAAGGAACGGUGCGGGACAAUCUUGACCCAGGUCAUGUGCACGACGAUACAGAAUUAUGGAGCGUACUGGAACACGCACGUCUGAAGGAUCAUGUUGCUAGCAUGCCCGGCAAGCUGGAUGCCCACAUCAAUGAGGGCGGCUCCAACCUCAGCUCUGGUCAACGACAAUUGGUCUCGCUGGCACGCGCUCUCCUUGCGCCAUCAAACAUCCUCGUCCUCGACGAGGCUACAGCCGCUGUUGAUGUGGAGACUGAUGCAAUGCUGCAAACCACGUUGCGCAGCAGCAUGUUCAAGAACAGGACAAUCAUAACGAUUGCGCACAGGAUCAACACCAUUUUGGACUCUGACCGCAUUAUCGUCCUAGACAAGGGUAGAGUGGCCGAAUUCGAGAGCCCCGCCGAGUUGGUCCGACGAAAAGGGUUAUUUUACGAGCUAGUGCGGGAGGCCGGAUUACUGAAUUCGCUCGACCUCAAGGACUUGAACACACAGCCGCAGUAGCCAUUAUAGACAUGUCUCGGGCAAAAUGAUGAAAAGGAAUUAGUGUGUGCGCACAUGGCAAUUCUUGUGCGUCAACCGCGGCACAUGUUUUUAGCGUGUUGGUAUGCGGAGGCCCAGAAUUAGACUAAGGUGGUUGACGAAGACUGACGUCGGUCACCUCGAAUGAGGCUGGCCUGACUUGAGCUGGGCGGGGAGUUAGCAUAGGUUGUUGGUGGUGGGAAAAAGCAAACAAAAUUGACUAAGGGAGUCCUCAUCGGUCAGCCUCAUGCCCACUGACCCACCUCAUACGGAUGGAGUAGAACUAGAUGCAGACGUGUAAUGGAUCUCAGGAACUUCGAAAAGCAA